GGGAGAGGGGAUAUAGUGAAUGUGGGGUCCGGGGAGAGCGGAUAUAGUGAAUGCGGGGUCCGGGGAGAGCGGAUAUAGUGAAUGCGGGGUCCGGGGAGAGCGGAUGUAGUAAAUGCGGGGUCCGGGGAGAGCGGAUGUAGUGAAUGCGGGGUGUAGUGUAGUGAAUGCGGGGUCCGGGGAGAGCGGAGUGGCGGGGUCCGGGGAGAGCGGAUAGUGAAUGCGGGGUCCGGGGAGAGCGGAUAUGUAGUGAAUGCGGGGUCCGGGGAGAGGGGUAUACAGUGAAUGCGGGGUCCGGGGAGAGCGGAUAUAGUGAAUGCGGGGUCCGGGGAGAGCGGAUACAGUGAAUGCGGGGUCUGGGGAGAGCCCGACCAAUUGGAAGGAGUGGAGGGGAGUGCUGGCAGGGUAAGUACAAGUCGGAUUGGGGG